AGGUAAUUGCGAUCGUACUAUUGUAAUUUUGAAAUCGAAAUAAUUUAGUAUGCCCGCACAUGCUCGACGUAGCAUUGUCCUACAAUUUGCAAUGAUAAUCGUUCGGUAACUUGAUUAAUUGUAUGUCGCUCGCGAUAAGUCUUAAAUAUAAAUAAAUCUACGAGAGUUCUCAUUAGUACCCGCAGCAAAACUCCCGGAUGAUUUUGAACUUACGACUUGAACGAAUCGUUUAUAAUCAAUGAGUUGUAAGUUUUAACGCAUAUUAACAUUUUUGGUAUUUCAAUAGAUUGAAAAUUCAGUAACUUUGUGGGAAAAAAAAACGAAAUACAUUUUUAUAAUAUUAUUAUACAAGAAAACAAAACGUGAGACGUGAACGUAAUUUAUAAUAGAUAAUAAAUGGUAGUAUUUUAUCGUAAAACAUAGAAUAUUACUUCGAAGAGGCUACGUAGACAUUGUACAUUUUAAAAUUUGUGUUUCAUUAAUUCUAACAAGUGCUGGCAGUCGGUCUAAAGCAGUUUCUUUGGUAUGAGCUUCUCCAUUAUAUUAGAAGAAGCUUUGACGAUUUUAUCUCUGUUUAGUGUCAAAACUUGAAGAAGAAAGCUGAUACUUUUUAACAAAAUGAUCUCAAAUCAAUACCUUUAUACAUAUUCGAUUGUUUUACUUAUUUGUAUAAGUCUAACAUUCGUGUAUGCAGAGGAAGAACAAAAUUUGGAAUUAAAAUUAUUGAACGUGAUAUUUAGGCAUGGAGAUCGAACGCCUGAUGAUAAUAAGCUGGAAAGAUAUCCAAACGAUCCCUAUUUAAAUUAUGACUUCUAUCCGAUGGGUAGAGGACAAUUAACAAAUAAUGGUAUAGUACGGGAAUUUAAAUUAGGAGAAUUUCUUAGAAAAAGAUAUGAUAACUAUUUUGGUAAGAUAUACACACCAAGUAUAGUCAAAGCUCGAAGUUCGGAUUACGAUAGAACGAAAGCAUCGUUACAACUCGUUCUCGCAGGACUCUUUCCACCUAAAGGUAUUCAAAUAUGGAACCCUCAAUUGGAAUGGCAACCGAUUCCUUUGGAAUACGUUCCAAAAGUCGAUGAUAAUCUUUUACUUAGUGACGAUUGUCCUCGAUAUUUGGAAGAAUACGAUAGAGUUUUAGAAUUAUCUGAAUAUAAAAAAGAAUUUGCUGAAUUUGAAGACUUAACUGCAGAACUCACAAAAUUAACAGGAAAAAAUAUUACUACUAGUUUAAAUAUGGCCAAUCUGUAUCAUAGUUUAAUGGCAAUAUAUUCUAUGAAUCUUCCUUUACCUACAUGGGCAAAGUCCAUAUUUCCAUAUGGUAAACUUUAUAAUGCCACUGUUUUUGCUUAUAAAAUAAGCAAUUAUAAUAAAUCAUUAAGAAAAAUUUAUGGAGGAGCCCUUCUUAAAAAAUUUGUAGAAAACAUGAUGGAAUAUGUGAAUGGUACUUUGAAAACAGGAAGGAAAUUGUUUCUAUAUAGCGGUCAUGAAACAAAUAUUGCUAGUUUAUUAUAUACUUUGAAUGCAUAUACACCACAUAUUCCUGCAUAUUCUAGUAGUAUUAUUAUGGAACUUUUAUACAAAGAAGGCAUAUAUUAUGUCAAAGUAUUGCAUUAUCUGGGAAUUCCACCAGAGCUUGAAGUAGUUCAACUUCCAGGUUGUGAGGUCAUAUGUCCAUUAAAUAAAUUUUUACAAUUAAUAAUUAAUGAUAUACCUUCAGACAAAGAUAUGGUUUGUGACAAAACAACAACUACAGAUUAUGCGGAUCAAAAAUAUGAUCCUAAUAAGAAUACUGAUUUAUACAAUAUCAUAGAGAAUUAUAUAAAUAAUAAAAUAUAAUGAUUUUGAUAUUGUUUAAAUAAAUCUAACAAUAUAUAUACAAUAGAAAAUAUUUGGAAUAGUUUGAAAAUUAAAUUUAUGCUAACAUAAAUAAAAAUUUCUUUUUAUCUCUAUUUUUGGUUUACAUAAAUUUUCCUUUGAUAACAUUUUUAUCUUUUUGGAAUUGCAAAAUUUAUUAGAAUCAUGAUUAAUAAACUAUAACGUAUUGUGACUUUUAACUUCUAAAAUUGACAUAUACUAUCUAUUUUUUAAAAAUUUAUUUAAGAAGACAGUUUAUGUAUUUUCAAUUACAUAUAUAAUUAAUGGAUAUAUAUACAAGGUGCUCAAUUGCAUGUAAAUGUACAGCAAGGAUGAAUUCUAUACAUUAAAAUAAGAAAAAAAGUUUAUAUAAAAAUAAACCAAUAUGAACUUGUUUUCGA